UUUUUUUUUAAUGGUUCUUAUUACGUUGGUUCGACAUGGCAAUACAGAUGCAAACAAUCAACGUAUACUUCAAGGUCAAACAGAUACAAUAUUGAAUGAUAUGGGACAUCGCCAAGCAAGUCUAGUGGCCAAUCGCCUAAAACAAGAACGAUUCGAUAAGAUAUAUUGUAGCGACUUACUUCGGUGCCAACAGACGGCUCAAGCCAUCCGAGAUCAUCAUGUGGAUACCCCUAUUACACUAGUACGUGAACUCCGGGAACGUAGUUUUGGUGAUUUAUCUGGCCUAUCAAUAAAACAUGUCUUUGCACAGAGUAAUCAACAAAAAAUGGAUGCGUCUACUUUUGUAAAGAAUCAUGGUGGUGAAACUGAAAAGGAAUUUGCGAAAAGGGUGAUUGAUGCGUAUAUCAAUAUUGUCAAUGAAGCAACACAAGAAGGAUAUCAACAUAUAUUGAUUGUUUCACAUGGUGGAUGUCUUCGAUCAUUAUGUUUAUGGUGGACAUCGACAACUAAAUACGAAUAUGAUGGUGAUUUGGAUCGAUUACGGCGUGGACAUCAUGGCAAUACUGGAGUCAGUCAAGUACGUGUUUCACAAGGCAAUCCAACUGUAGGUGUGGUGGAAUUGUUUAGUUGUUCUAAUCAUUUGAAUAGUAUAGAUUCCACUUUUGAUAUUCCCCCUUCUGUUUAGUUACCUUAUUGAUUUAGUCUACUGAAAUUAAAAAAAUAAAGUAUAUCAUUUGACUGGA